AUGUUCGCAGCAUCACUAACUGGUUUGAUUGGCUUGAAUAUCUCAACAAUACCUGUUAUCUAUGCACUAGAUCAUGCCAAUUCAUCCACCACAUCUGUUCAAUCUUGCGAAUUGCAAUUCUAUUUCCGACAUUCGUUCAAUCAUAUGAUGCGCACAUACUUUAUCUGUGCGUGUAUUGAUCGUUAUGCUAUAUCAAGCAAAAGCAAACGCACAAGAUCUUUCAGUCGAUUUCAAAUAGCAAGUCCUAUUGUCAUUGGUAUUCCAGUCUUUUGA